UGCGUGAUCAUUGCAAUUUAUAUUACUCUCGUGAUUCUCAUUUCUUUCCUUCACUCUCUCUUUCUCUCUCUCUUCAUCUUCAUCUUCAUCUUCUUCUGUGACCGCAUUUUCACCUCAGAUCUCCCUUCUUCUACUCCCGUUCUUUGCACCUCCCGCUCUACCUCAACCUCCAUCGAUCCGCCUCCCAGCCUGCUUUCCUUUCACUUACCGUAAAUUCCAAAUCUUAAAAUGUCCUCUAUUUUGUUUUACUCCCUAGGGUUUCUGUUUAACUUCUGGUUAAGAAAUGUCAAAUGUUGUUAAUUUAAAAAAGAAAACCCACCAAGCAUAUACGAUAGAGACAUCAUUAUACAUCUAUGUAGUGAUUUGUCUUGAUGCCAUUUGUUUGUCAGUUCAGACUCUCUCCCCUCUUGGAUUAGUGCGAAGUAUCUGAGUUUAUUUAAUAAUGUCCUUUCGUUUUGCAGCUGGGUUUGUGGUGCCGGCUAUGGAUUUUCAGAGUUCUUAUUCUAUCACUUGAACGUAUCUGAGAGUUUGAAAGAGAGACGGCAUAUGGAGCAACCUAUUCUAUAAUCUGUUAGGGAGAUUUGGGUGAGAUGACAAUGGACGUGCAUCAAUCAGUGGGACAAAGUGCAAGAGCAAGUAGGUCUUCUUUUAGCUCAAUUAGUCGAAAUGAGGAAACUUCCUUGCAUAGCUCUAUGCAAAUUUCAAAUGGGGAUGAUUAUGAUAGCGAUGGUUCCAACUUUGCACCUAAUACACCAGCAACACUUUCAAUGUCUAUUCCUGAAGAACUUGCUGCUGCAAUACCUUUGAUUGAUAGAUUCCAGGUUGAAGGGUUUUUAAGAAUGAUGCAGAAACAAAUUCAAUCUGCUGGAAAACGUGGCUUCUUUUCUAAAAAAUCAGUUGGCCUUCAAGUUCGGGAAAGAUUCACAUUUGAGGAUAUGUUGUGCUUCCAAAAGGACCCAAUUCCAACUUCAUUGCUUAAAAUUAAUAACGACCUGGUAAGUCGGGCAACAAAAUUGUUUCACAUAAUUUUGAAAUAUAUGGGAGUUGAUACAUCAGAGCGAGGAACACCAGCAAGCUUAGAUGAAAGGAUUGAACUUGUUGGAAAGUUAUACAAGCACACUUUGAAGCGUGCAGAACUCCGAGAUGAACUUUUUGUGCAGAUUUCCAAACAAACAAGAAACAACCCUGAUAGGCAAUACCUGAUCAAAGCAUGGGAGUUAAUGUAUUUAUGUGCAUCAUCAAUGCCUCCGAGCAAGGAAAUUGGCGGAUAUUUAUCCGAGUAUGUUCAUAAUGUAGCUCAUGGUGCUACCACUGAUUCUGAGGUUCAAAUCCUUGCAUUAACUACAUUAAAUGCUUUGAAGCGUUCUGUCAAAGCUGGUCCAAGGCAUACUAUGCCAGGACGUGAGGAGAUUGAAGCUCUUUUGACAGGUCGAAAGCUUACAACAAUAGUAUUUUUCUUAGAUGAAACAUUUGAAGAAAUUACAUAUGACAUGGCAACAACCGUCUCCGAUGCUGUUGAGGAGCUUGCUGGGAUAAUUAAGUUAUCUGCAUAUUCCAGCUUCAGUCUGUUUGAAUGUCGUAAAGUUGUUUCCGGUUCCAAGUCACCUGAUCCAGGAAAUGAGGAGUAUAUCGGGUUAGACGAUAACAAGUAUAUUGGAGACCUAUUGGCAGAAUUUAAGGCUGCCAAGGAUAGAAGCAAAGGAGAAAUUUUGCACUGCAAACUGAUAUUUAAAAAAAAGCUCUUUCGUGAGUCAGAUGAAGCUAUAACAGAUCCCAUGUUUAUUCAGUUAUCCUAUGUUCAACUGCAGCAUGACUAUAUAAUGGGAAAUUAUCCUGUUGGGAGAGAUGAUGCUGCUCAGCUUUCUGCAUUGCAAAUCUUGGCUGAGAUUGGAUUUGUUGGUAACCCAGAAUCAUGCACUGAUUGGACAUCUCUUCUUGAGCGUUUCUUACCUAGACAAAUAGCGAUUACCCGAGCAAAGCGUGAAUGGGAGUUGGACAUCCUUUCUCGUUACCAUUCAAUGGAAAAUUUGACGAAAGAUGAUGCAAGGCAACAAUUUCUUCGGAUAUUAAGGACCCUUCCAUAUGGGAAUUCAGUGUUUUUUGGUGUUCGUAAGAUAGAUGAUCCCAUUGGACUUUUGCCAGGAAGGAUUGUUUUGGGCAUUAAUAAGCGUGGGGUUCACUUUUUCCGUCCUGUUCCGAAGGAGUAUCUACAUUCGGCCGAGUUGAGAGACAUAAUGCAAUUCGGUAGUAGCAAUACUGCUGUCUUCUUCAAGAUGAGAGUGGCGGGUGUUCUUCACAUAUUUCAGUUUGAAACUAAACAGGGAGAAGAGAUCUGUGUUGCUUUACAAACACAUAUAAAUGAUGUCAUGUUGCGUCGUUACUCUAAAGCUCGGUCUGCUGCCAGCGGCUCAGUGAAUGGAGAUAUUUCUAACAAUUUUAGGACUCCAAAUAUGGAACUGUAUGAGAAACGUUUGCAGGAUAUGUCUAAGACUAUAGAGGAAACACAAAAGAAAACUGACCAAUUAUUGGAGGAGUUGCAUGAAAAACAACAACGAGAAAUUAAAAUGCAAGAAGACUUGGAAGGUUUAAAGGAUUCCUUGGAAUUUGAAAACCAGAAGUUAGUAGAGAUUACAUGUGACUGUGAUAGACUCAAAUCGUUGUGUAAUGAGAAAGAUGCAGCUCUUCAAGAGUUGCAUCAACUCCGAAAUGAAUUAAGGCUUUGCAAUCAAGAAUUGCGGACAGCAGAAGAGAACGUUGCAAGAUUGGUAAAUGAAAAUUCUAUGCUAGAGCAGAAGAUCUCUAGGCUUGAAAAACAGAAAAUUGAGAUGGAUGGUCUUGAGAUGAAACAUGAACAAGAAUGUAAAGCCUUAAAGAUUCAGUUGUUUGAACUCGAAAAGAAGUUGGACAAGGUCACACAAGACUUGGUUAAUGCUGAGUCAACUGCUGCAACCAAGGAUGCAGAUUUGGCUGCACUGAAGAAUAAUUUAAAAGAACUAGAAGAGUUGAGAGAAAUGAAAGAGGACAUAGAUAGAAAGAAUGAGCAAACUGCUGCCAUAUUAAAGAUGCAAGGGGCCCAACUUGUCGAGCUUGAAGCUCUAUAUAAGGAAGAACAAAUCUUAAGAAAGCGUUAUUUUAAUACCAUAGAAGACAUGAAGGGCAAGAUUCGAGUUUUUUGUCGCUUAAGACCUCUAAACAAUAAAGAGAUUGUUGAAAAAGAAAGACAAGUGCUAAUGGGUUCUGAUGAAUUCACUGUUGAACAUCCAUGGAAGGAUGAGAAGACAAAACAACACAUAUAUGAUCGUGUAUUUGAUGGUAAUGCUACUCAAGAAGAUGUAUUUGAGGAUACAAAGUAUUUAGUGCAAUCUGCUGUGGAUGGCUACAAUGUUUGUAUAUUUGCUUAUGGCCAAACUGGUUCUGGAAAGACAUUCACAAUAUAUGGAUCUGAACAAAAUCCUGGGCUAACACCAAGGGCCAUCGGAGAGCUCUUCAAAAUUUUGAAGCGAGAUAGUAAACGAUUCUCAUUUUCACUGAAGGCAUAUAUGGUGGAAUUGUAUCAAGAUACACUUAUGGACCUUUUACUACCGAAGAAUGCAAAGCGUUUGAAAUUGGAUAUUAAAAAAGAUUCUAAGGGCAUGGUGUUUGUAGAAAAUGUGACGGUUAUUUCAGUUUCAACAUAUGAUGAAUUAAAAGGUAUUAUUGAAAAGGGAUCUGAACAAAGACACAUAUCUGAGACACAAAUGAACGAGGAAAGCUCAAGGUCACAUUUAAUACUUUCAAUUGUUAUUGAGAGUACCAACCUUCAAACUCAGUCUGUUGCAAGGGGAAAGUUAAGUUUUGUUGAUCUGGCUGGGUCAGAAAGGGUGAAGAAAUCGGGCUCAUCAGGCUCCCAACUGAAGGAAGCUCAAAGUAUCAAUAAAUCACUGUCAGCACUUGGAGAUGUUAUUGGCUCCUUAUCUGCUGGUGGUCAGCAUAUUCCUUACAGGAAUCACAAGUUAACAAUGUUAAUGAGCGAUUCUCUUGGUGGUAAUGCCAAAACCUUAAUGUUCGUUAACGUAUCUCCAGCAGAGUCAAAUUUGGACGAGACAUACAAUUCUUUGAUGUAUGCAUCAAGAGUACGGUCAAUUGUAAAUGACCCGAGCAAAAAUGUUUCCUCAAAAGAGGUAGCUCGCUUGAAAAAACUGGUCGCGUACUGGAAAGAGCAAGCGGGCAGGAAAGGGGAAGAUGACUUGGAAGAGAUUCAAGAGGAGAGAAUUAUAAAAGAUCGGGUGGAUGUCCGGUAAUCCUUCUAGCCAUCAUUUUAGCAACCAACCUAUCCAAAUUUGAACACAACUUGUGACCACUCAAGUUUUUGUAGUGACUUCACAUUGUAUGCCACCCAUUUGUAGAUCCACUGCUAGCUUUUAUCUACUCUGUUGUAAAGAUCAAUGUGUACAUAGCCGGAUAAGAUGACAAUUGUAGAAGAGGCGUUUCAUUUUUUUUUCUUGUUCAGAGAAGCUUAUAUUAGUUUGAAAAGCUUAUAUUAGUUUGAAAAGCUUAUAUUAGUUUCCUUAUACAUGCCUUCAUUUCCUUUUGAAUACAUGUAUAAAGAGCGAUUUAAGCGUUUCACU